AUGAAUCUCAUGGUCUCCUCACAAAUCAACCCUGGAAGUUCGAUGAAGCAAACCUUCAGCCCCAAGCCUGCUCAGGGCAUCCUUCAUCUCCUCGUGGUAGUUCCAGGACUUCACGUUAGAGACGCACUGCCACCAGUGUUAGCUGAAUGCAAUGCACAAGGUUUCUGGAACCAUCUCAAUCAUGUUCUGAAGAAGACCCACUUGAAUAUCCCCGUCGAUUUUCGGGAUAUCGAUUGGAACAACAUCCGAGACGUCUACACACUGAAAGCUGGCCAAACGUCUGCGCGCUUUGUCGAUAUAAUAGAAGAAUCGGUUCGAGUCGUGGCGGAGUCGCUUGGUAAUGUGAUGAAAGUGCUGUCUACAGUGACUACGGUGCAAGAAAUCUCUUGGCUGGUGCUGACGCUAAUGGAAAGUGUGAAAGACGCGGCAGCCGCUGACCUUCAGGUGCGAAGUGGCUGCAGCAUUGAGAGCAAGGACGACAGGAUUUGUGCACACGGCAAAGCGGACUUGCUCUUGCAAAAUGGCAGAAAUUAUGUGGGUCUGGUGGCAAUCACUACCUGCACUACGUCAGAAGAUGAAAUGGCAAAAGUGAUUGUGGGAAUGGAGAUGGCGAACACAUUCAGCAAGGGCGAGCUCACAACAGGUAUCCUGACUGACUUCCGCUCCUGGACUUUCCUUAGGCUUCAAUACCCAAAUGAUCGUGAAGGUAAAGUCGUUGUGACGUUCCAGACAGUGAAGCUUUUGGAGCCUGAAGACCAGUUCCCGAAAGAGGACAACUUGAGGUGUGUGGUUGGCAAGCUUUUGAGUGUCCUGAAGAAAGGAUCUCGAUAA